AAAGAUUUGUAAAAUAUGGAUAAAGAUCAAGAAGAAAUGCUUAGGGAAUUCUUCCARUUGAAGGAAGAGAACAGAUUAUUAAAUGAGGAGAAAGAGAGUUUGUAUCGCGAUCGUGAAUUAGCAGGAGAACUUGGCAAAACYUUGCUACARCAAAAUAAGGAGUUGGAGACAAAACUCGAGGAGCUCAGCAUUGAACAUCAUGAUAUUGUUAUGAAAUUGGAGGAAAUGAAACAAGAAAACUACUCUCUAAAGUCAAAGUUAGAAACACAAGCUCGAUCAAAAGAUCAUCAUCUUUACGAAAUAGAAAACAUCCAAAAGGAGUAUGAGCAAACAAAAAUGAUGGAUCAACUGACGAACGACAAAAAGCUCAAAGAAUUGAAAAAAGAAAUUACUUCAUUGCAAUCAGAAAUUGAAAAGCAUUUGCUGAUUGAAAGUCAAUACAAGGAAAAACUGGAACAGCAAGAACAAAUUUUGGAAAAUGCCCGCCAAAUUAAUAAGGAACUACAGUUAGCUGCAAACCUUGAAACAGAUUUAGAAGAACAAAAACAGUUAACAACAGAGCUGCAAACAGAGAGAGAUUGUUUACUAAUGGAAGUAACACAGUUGAAAAACAUGCACGAACAGUUGGCAUUCGACAAGAAAGCAGUGGAGGAGAAAUUCCAGUCAAUUGAAGAAGAAAUGCAAGAGAGGAAUCGCCAGUCACAAUUGUGGUAUAACUGUUUACAAGAAGCCAGGCAAGAAGCUGGGGAAUUUAAAGCUGAGUUGGAUAUGCUGAAAGCUGAAAUUGCAAAUAGUAACUUCAAAAACAAGGGGAAUUCAUUAUUUGGAGAGGUGGAGGACAAAAGGAUGGAGUUGGAGAAAAAGUAUCUCAGUAUGAAAACACAAUAUGACUGCUUGGUGAAAACUCACACAGUUACAAAACAACAUUUGCAUAAACUAAAGAACCAAGUUGCAGCCCUUCURCAGGUCAAGGGCAACUCUGCAGAUGUGUCACAGAUGCAACGACUUCAACAAGCUUGUGCCCGCAAAGAAGGAGAACUGAAAAUGCUUGUUGAAAAAGUCAGAGCCUUAGAGAAACAGCAGGCUGAAAAUUGCUUCACAUCUCGUCUGAAAGAUUUUCAUGAUGCCUUUUCUGACUUUGGUGAUAAAAAAGAUUACAUAAACUUUCUUGAGCUGAUGCUACAGGAUGAAAAGAAAAAGAUAGAAAAAUUACAGAAAGAGAUUGAGACAAAAACUCUUCUYCAGUUGAUUGAAAGUGACAGAGUCAGAAACACUGAAACUCAACUUCACAAAGCUGAAAGUACYGGAGAAAAAUUCAAGGCUGAAAAUAUGAAGCUGAGACUGAAAAUAGAGGAAUUAAAGAUGAAACUUCAACAAGCAAAAAGUUCUAGUGGUCAGGAAUCUGAUAUAAACCAAGGUCUAAGCAAGAGCAAGUCAACUUCAGCUAUACAAAAGAAAGUUGUUGUCAAGCGUGUUAAUCUGACAUCAAAUGACAAUUCAAAUGACACAAAAAGCUCAGAUUGUGUAGCAAAUAUAGAAAAACAAGCACCAGUCAAGACUUGCAAUGCAGUUGAGUCUAAAGACAAUGAAGAGAAUGACAUAAAGGAAAAUGAUGUGUGUCCACCUAAGUUAAUACCAGACAAAAAGUCCUGUAGUUCUGUGCAAGAAAAACAAGUAAGAUUCCAAGAAAAAUCUCUAGAUGUGGAAGGAAGCCCAGAAGAAAGAAAGGAAAAUACAGAACCUCUAAGAACAAGGAAUGAACAAACCAAUGAUAACAUAAAAACACAAGACCUAAAGACUGCUGGAGGCAUGGAAGUCAUUGAAAAAGGACAAAGAAAAGCAGCUAAAGUUAUCAAUGUUGGUAGAGAACCUAAAAAUGAAUGUGCUCAGCAAUAAAAUUAAAAAUGAAUGGCCUCAUGCAAUAAGUACUGCAAAACAAUUUUUAAAUUAUAAUUUGUCCACWAAUGGAUGUUCACAAAAGACAAAUUGUGGAUUUCUGGUAAUUGGCUUUUAUAAUGUCAUGAACAAUAUCAAAUUGCUAUAAUAAUAUAAUACAAGUAAGGAUGAAAUAUGGAUUAUGAAGGCUAACCAAGGCAAUUUUGCUUUGAAUUUUACAAUAAAAAAAAAUCUAUAUAUAAUACUGUUUUGCAUGUCAGUUGUAUUGGUGCAUACAUGCAAAGCUCCAACACAAGCUAAGUUUAAGUCAAAAUAAGGACUAAAUCAAGGAUGUUUUUACUAAUAAUUGAGCUGCAGUAAAUCUU